AUGCCCCCACUUCGCCGUGACCGCAAACGCCCUCAGAGCACACCUGAAAGCCCGCUGGCUCACAAGAAGGUGCAGAUCACGACCACGGGCGGCGAGAGUAGCAAGAGCAAGACCGUGCUGGUCGUGAGCACAGACAGCGAGAGCGGGUCUUCGGAGGAGGCGACCGACUCGCCGAAGUCUUUGGUUCGCGAGGCAAUCAUUCUACCCUGGUGGUUCACUGGAUAUCCCAUCGAACGUAUUCAGGCAUUCCUGGAAUACCGUGACUCUAACCUCCGCAUGGCGUUGGCAAGGGUGCCUGCCACCGCCAACUGGGGACGCGGGCGCUACUCUGCAUUUCUCUGCGUUGGCGGAGAGCCCAUUCGUCUCUGGGUCCUCGGCACUAUGCAAGAUAUCUCGUAUACCGCCUCUGACGUUAUUUCGCGCGCCGGCUGCCACAUGGUGAUCGGCCUGCUCCGCGAUGUCGACCGAGAGUCUCUCCACAUGCUACACUCUAAGUCUUAUCCUAGCAACGGGGAACCACACCUCGCCUUUCGCGCCGUCUGGGAAGCGACCGGCGACGACUGUCUCUCUAUUUUUCCAGCGAUUUACGACGCAACGACUGCGUUCGAGUCGAAGACUGCCAUGAAGCAGCUCUCUCAGCGUGACUUGGUAGUGGGUGAUAUCGUACUGGCGGAGGCUAGUAUCACCCGGCGUGACGUUGGACGGCGCCGUGCCUCGCGCGGGUGGACCACAUGGACCGUGGAGUUCGCGUUGAACGCCGUGUCGCGUGUGAUGCCUAGGGUGCUGGUGAAGAAGGAAGAGCCGGAGGACAACUUUGUGAUCUCUAUCUAG